AUGGCGUCCUUGCAACUUGGUCCACCAACAAAGCAAAAUAGCACAAGCUUGGAAAGCACAUUCAGAACAUUUUCCAAUAGAUUUUUAAAGAAAACAUCAAUUCAGUUUCUUGACAAUAUUUGCUCCAAGGAUUCUCGAGGAGCUAGUCGGAGUGAUCAAAUAACGUAUAGGAACUUAUCCUUACACACUCCCGUGCGUUUUAUACCUGAGACUGGCUAUGAAGACAUCCUUCCCGAAGAUUACUACCCAAGAAAAGUACAAGGUAUGGGCGUUCCCAUGGGGUUGACACUUGUUCUAAAUGCAUCCUUAAACGAAUAUUAUUGCUCAUCAUCCCGCAGUUUCGGUUUCAAGAUAAGACUACAUAUUCCAUCCGAUACACCACGAGUUGCUGACUAUGCAAAGCUGAUACCGACAAAAUACGAAACCAGAGUUCUUAUCACACCAUCUUAUCGGGACACAGCACAGGCCGUUCGUUCUCUUCCUGUCACCGCCCGGAAUUGUCUAUACAACUCCGAAUCAGAUUUGGAAUACUUUCAAAUAUACUCAUCGAACAACUGCGAAUUAGAAUGCACUUCAAAGAUAAUGGAAGAGGAAUGCGGAUGCGUGCAAACCUAUUUACCUCGAAGCUCAAAUAAAACGAUCACCUGCGGCCUGAAGGAUUUCAUUUGUUCACAGAGGGUUGAAAAGGAACUCAGCGGUUUAGUCAAUCCGCGGCGGAAAUGUAAAGAUUGUUUAUGGAGUUGUUCUUUCAUUGACUUCGAUGAAACUAUUUCACGGAGUCGUCUUAUGGAAAAUGCUCCUAUGCUGAAUGAAGUCCUUCCCGGAGGGUAUAAUGUAAGUGAACUGGCGGUGGUACACUUUUAUUAUAAUCGUAAAACAAUGAGAGUAACGCGAAUGGAAGCAUAUUUAGGAUUUCUGGACUUUUUCUGUAAGUAUGGUUGGAAAAUAUUUGGUUACUGA